AAGGCUUAGUAGCUCAACAUUUGGUGACCCCGACGUGAUCGUAUCACGCGAUUUUUCGUUUGUUUCCGGCCGCUUACUGAGAUAAUUCUGCCACACUAGUGUAAACGUCAGCAACUUCGUCAUGCCAGGGGAAGGUGCAGAUCGAGUAGCCUUUCUAAAGCUGAAAACAAAGGCCAUAUUCAGCAGACUGGAGAGCUUGAUUAACGAGUUGGACGCAGACAAGCUACACAGUAUGGAUGAGUACAGUCUUUCAGCAAUGCUAGAAUCCUUAGGCGAAUUGAAAUCCAGUUUUUCUGCCGCACACACAAGCCUAGAGGAAUUGGACUUCGACUCCAUUGCCAGCGACCUGCCAAGUAACUUCGAUGCUGCUCUAAUCAACCUUAGAGCUACACUGCAACGCGAGAUUGGUAAACGUAGUGCCUCGCAACAUUGCUCCACGCUCAGAAUGAACUCCAGUGAGACCCAAUCAAUCAUUGUGAACGGUAAUAGCUCACGCUUGCCAUUGCUGACACUGCCUAAAUUCAGUGGCGCCUACACCGAGUGGACAAAUUUCUAUUCAAUGUUCACGUCAAUAAUCGACAAGGACAGCGACCUCACCAACAUCGACAAAUUGCAGCAUCUUCGUUCCUGUCUGAGCGGCGCUGCCCUUGACACCGUGCGCUCGCUGGAAAUAAACGACGCUAAUUGCACACGUCAGGGAGAUAUUUGGGCUAGAGAGGGCAGAUUCAAACGUAACCAAGCUACGAGAGCUGACAGAUAAGGUCACAGCACACAUACGCGCAUUGCAGUCGCAUCAUCGUACAAUUGGUGAUCCAGAAAUUCGACAAAAAGACGCAGGCUAAAUGGGAGGAGAGUUCAUCGAUCAGCGAACUGCCAUCCUGGGAUCAAUUAGCUAUGUUCUUGGAGAAGCGCUGCAGAGCACUCGAGAACGUUGAGCAUUCUAUGCAGACACCGACUGGUCAGGCGGUAAAAGCUAACAAGAACGUGAGUACUGG